UGGUCCUCCUAUAAGCUAAACCGCCCACAGUGUAACGUGAGGAACAGACAAAUUGUGCACGUUCAGUCCUUUAAAGGUGAAAUUGAGAAUUGUCAGAAGUACAACUGCGUCCGGCAUUUCACCGAGAGUUGAGGACCGUUUUGCAGUAGCUUGUCGGUGUGGACGGACAUGGCGUCAUCGAGCCCGUGUGUCGUGAUCAGCGAUGAGGAGCAAGGUUAUGACCUGGACCUCUUUUGUAUACCAAAACACUAUGCGGCUGACUUAGAGCGGGUGUAUAUUCCUCACGGGCUCAUCAUGGACCGAACUGAACGUCUGGCCAGAGAUAUCAUGAAGGACAUGGGUGGACACCAUAUAGUGGCUCUAUGUGUGCUCAAAGGAGGCUACAAGUUUUUUGCUGACUUACUAGAUUACAUCAAAGCCCUUAAUCGCAACAGUGAUCGCUCCAUUCCCAUGACAGUGGACUUCAUCCGCCUCAAGAGUUACCAAAAUGACCAGUCCACAGGUGACAUCAAAGUGAUUGGUGGAGAUGAUCUGUCCACGCUAACAGGAAAGAACGUCUUGAUUGUGGAGGACAUCAUUGAUACUGGGAAAACGAUGAAGACGCUGCUAGAACUUCUAAAGCAAUAUAACCCAAAAAUGGUCAAAGUUGCAAGUUUGCUGGUGAAGAGGACACCGAGGAGCGUUGGAUACAGACCAGACUUUGUAGGAUUUGAAGUUCCUGACAAAUUCGUGGUUGGAUAUGCACUUGACUACAACGAGUACUUUAGAGAUUUAAACCACAUCUGUGUGAUCAGCGAAACAGGAAAGGAGAAGUACAAAGCAUGAGAAGCCAUGAACUUCCCCCUCUAGCUGUGUAUCAUUUGUUUUUAAUAGACGUCUUACAUUUUUACAUCCAUUUUAUAUAUAUAUAUUUUUUGUUUUGUUUUUCAGUAGUGCAGCUCACCGCAGGUUAGUGGUCCUCCACUCAGGGUCUCUGGUGAGGUGUGUGCUGUUAAUGCACCUUACAUUUACAUUCACUUAUACCUCCACAGGCACCCAACAAACAUCAUACAUCAACCACAAACACUUUGCAGAGUUUAGCCUCUGAGAACAGAGGUCUACAAGCUACUGCUCUUGGUGGAAAGAAGCGUUUAAACACCUAGUUGUGAUAGGGCCAGAAUCCCUUUAAUUUAUUAUAAUGAUCUGCACGAGAUGUUAUAGGUAGGUGUUUGUUUUAAAGAUUAAAGUGAAAAUUGAUUUUAGGUCAUCUUGCUUGCUAUUCAAUAGUGCACAUAGAAUUGGUUUGCUCAAAUGGCUAAAGUAGAACAUUCACCUUUCCAAAGACUCUUUGCAGUGCAUAACUGUAAUAGGAACAAUGUUAUUAAUGAUCUAGAUCUGUGGGUAAUGUGAUUACAUGCAAUAUGUUGAAUGCUUUUACAUGUAAAUGUACUUUUAGCGUCAGGACAACCUGAUCAUCCAAUCACAUUUCAAAUUUAAAGCCAAAUGUUUUUCAGGGUUCCUGCAGGUUUUAUGAAAGUAAAUUUAAGACUUUUUUAAAGAGUUUUACUUUGUCCAAGUAAAGAAAUUAUGAUUAAUUUUAAGAGAAUGCAAUAUGUAAAUGUUUAUUGUAAAUUUAAAGGGAGCACACAUUGAGAUGUAUUAGUUUGAAAAUGCAUAUCCUUUUAUUUAAUUAAAAUUAAUUUGACAUCAUGUUUGGUUUCAACCACUUGACUAGGCAAAUAUUUUUGUACCUCUGAUCACACUGCAAAUAAGUCAUGUUUUAUCAAUAUUUUUGUCUUGUUUUCCUGUGCAAAUGUCUACAAAUUAUUAAAUCAAGCCACAUUUACUUAAGAUUUGCAAGAUAUUGUCUUUUUUCCCGUGAAAUUGAUCCAAAAAAGCAGGUUUAUUAUUACAACAAUGCCACUGUGCUCCGACAAAUCUGUCAAAUUAAAAUGUUCAAAACCACAGACUGGUAUUUGUUCUAGUUUUAAGCAUGACCUUCAUUUUGUUUAGUUUUCAGUAGGUAAUACAAUACAGUGCCCUGCAUAUAUAAGUACACCCCUCACAAAUCUGUUUUUUGAAUUCUUAUUUUUAAAUUUUAUAAGCUAUACAAUAUUAUAUUUGUGCAUAUACAUUAGAUUAGUCUGUACUUUCAGGCAAAUCUGAAGCUUAUCUAACAAAAUAACUUGCGAUAAUGGUCCAAACACCAGUACACCCACAUUUAUAUGUUAUAGAAAAAUAUUGAUUACAAAUUUAACAUGAGGAAAAAUCAAGAGGCAAAACAUUAAAAAAUUUUGUUGUAUUAUCUUUCCAUUUCUAAAUAUUUUUGGUGACUAAAAUAUUUGAAUAAAUAUGUUUAAAUAGUUAAAAUCUGUUUUGUUUCAAUGCUAAAGUACAUUGCCUAUAGAAAUCAGAAAAAAAAAUAUUAGAUAAAAGAAAAAUAGAUAAAAAAAUGGAGUGUACUCGAUUAUACUGAGCACUGUAGCUUCUUCAUUUUGCAUCUUAAGUAAAUGGAUAUUGAUUUAAAGAUGUUUUGGAAAACAACACUGAACACAUUUAUGCAAUGUAACGCAAUACUUUGAAUUAAACUAUGUGCUCAAGACCUCUAAACUGUGAAAUUGAAAUUUAAGAUUUUAAGACCCGCAGAAACCCUUAUUACCCUUUUCAUUUGUUAAUUAUUAUAGUUUAUUUUGCCUGUCAAGAUAUUUAUUUCCACCACAUACUGUGGGUUUUGGUUUAAAAUAUUAAUUAAUAAUGGGAAGACAUUUUUAUGGUGCCUAAUAUGGUAAUAUCGACUCUACCAUAUAAAUACAGUAUGAAAAUGAAUGAUAAACUGAUGGAAAAUGUUCAAGUGACCUCACAAUUGUUCAGCCACCUGUCAAUUUUAUGAUAUGAAUGAUUAAAUUAUUCAAAAGGUGUUCUUCUAAAUUUA